AUGUUAUCGGAUAAUAAAACUGUAUCGAUUUUAUCGAUUACUGAUUCAACUCGCCAAAUCGUAUUGACAUUUGACAUUGACAACUUGAACUUGAGUUUAAUAGUUCUUUCAGUUUCUUUUUCGGCGGGCCUCGUUGCUAGAAGCUCGCCAUCAUGGAACAAACGUGAAGUAUGGAGGGUCAAGUACACCCUUGCCCGCAUCCGUAAGGCUGCCCGUGAGCUGUUGACCCUUGAAGAGAAAGACCCUAAACGUCUGUUUGAAGGUAAUGCCCUUCUCCGUCGUCUGGUCAGGAUUGGAGUGUUGGAUGAGAAGCAGAUGAAGCUCGAUUAUGUCCUCGGUCUCAAAAUUGAGGACUUCUUAGAACGCCGUCUCCAGACACAAGUGUUCAAGGCUGGUCUUGCUAAGUCCAUCCAUCACGCUCGUAUUUUGAUCAGACAGAGGCACAUUCGUGUCCGAAAGCAAGUGGUGAACAUCCCAUCUUUCAUUGUCCGUCUGGACUCUGGCAAGCACAUUGACUUCUCGCUUAAAUCGCCCUUCGGUGGUGGCCGACCUGGACGCGUCAAGAGGAAGAACCUCCGCAAGGGACAGGGUGGUGGUGCUACCAAUGAUGAAGAAGAAGAU